AUGGUGAAAGGGAUUUUGACUGAGGAAGGAAGGAUGGUGACUGAGCAUGAGGAGAUUGAGCAGGUGAUGGCUAACAAGCUUAAGAAGCUGUUUCCUUAUCUGAUUUCCAGCAACAAAAGCGCCUUUAUUUCUAGGAGGCUUAUAACGGAUAAUGUCAUGAUUGUUUAUGAGACUCUCCACACAAUGAAGACAAGGCAAAAAGGAAGGGUGGGGAGUAUAGCUCUAAAGCUGGAUAUGGCUAAAGCAUACGAUAGGAUUGAGUGGAAGUUGUUGGAAGGAAUGAUGAGGAGGUUGGGGUUUGGGGAGAGGUGGAUAGGGCUCAUUAUGCAGUGUUUGAAUUCAAUUUCUUACUCAAUUUUAUUGAAUGGAGAACCUGGCAGAGUUAUUAAGCCAACUCGUGGGAUUAGACAAGGGGAUCUCAUAUCUCCUUAUUUGUUCAUCUUGUGUGCUGAAGGACUUAGCUCCUUAAUUAAUAUGGCUGAAAGGUCUAAGAAGAUAAGGGGGGUUGUAGUGGCAGGGAUGGAACAAGGGUAA